CCUUCCUUCCUUCUCCUCGGAUCCGGAAAAUGAAGAUUCAAUGGAGCUACCCCUUGGAUGUAGCAAGGUGAUGGACUUGCUGAAAUCUUGACCUCACAUACAGAUAAGGAAGGAAAAAGGAAGACGGUAUUGCAAUCAAACACCCAGAUCAUGGCUGACAUGGAGGAGAAAGCAUUGAUAUGCCUGGAAUGUGGGAAGAGUUUCACUCGGAGGGAUCAUCUGAAGCGACAUCAAAAGACUCACACGGGGGAGAAACCCUAUAACUGCCUGGAGUGUGGAAAGAGCUUCUCUGAGAGUUCAGAUCUACGUUCACAUCAAAGGAUUCACACUGGGGAGAAACCCUAUACAUGCCUGGAGUGCGGGCAGAGCUUCGCUAAGAGUGGAAAUCUACAUUCACAUCAGAGGAUUCACACUGGGGAGAAAUCCUAUACAUGCCUGGAGUGUGGACAGAGCUUCACUCAGAGUGGACAUCUACGUUUACAUCAAAGGAUUCACACUGGGGAGAAACCCUAUACAUGCUGGGAGUGUGGAAAGAGCUUCACUACAAGUGGAAGUCUACGUUCACAUCAAAGGAUUCACACUGGUGAGAAACCCUAUACAUGCCUGGAGUGCGGGCAGAGUUUCGCUAAGAGUGGAAAUCUACGUACACAUCAAAGGAUUCACACUGGGGAGAAACCCUAUACGUGCCUGGACUGUGGGCAGAGCUUCACUACAAGUGGAAGUCUAUGUUCACAUCAAAGGAUUCACACGGGGGAGAAACCCUAUACAUGCCUUGAGUGUGGAAAGAGCUUCACUGGGAAUGGAAACCUACAUAAACACCAAAGGAUACACACUGGGGACAAACCCUAUACAUGCUUGGAGUGUGGAAAGAGCUUCACUAUGAGUGGACAUCUGCGUUCACAUCAAAGGAUUCACACUGGGGACAAACCCUAUACAUGCCUUGAGUGUGGGCAGAGCUUCACUGAGAGUGGAAGUCUACGUUCACACCAAAGGACUCACACUGGGGAGAAACCCUAUACAUGCCUGGAGUGUGGGCAGAGCUUUACUAAGAGUGGAAAUCUACGUUCACAUCAAAGAACUCACACUGGGGAGAAACCCUAUACAUGCCCAGAGUGUGGAAAGAGCUUUGCUCAGAGUGAACAUCUACGUUCACACCAAAGGACUCACACUGGGGAGAAACCCUAUAGAUGCCUGGAGUGUGGGCAGAGCUUUACUAAGAGUGGAAAUCUACGUUCACAUCAAAGGACUCACACUGGGGAGAAACCCUAUAACUGCCUGGAGUGUGGACAGAGCUUCACUGAGAGUGGAAGUCUACGUUCACAUCAAAGGAUUCACACUGGGGAGAAACCCUAUAAAUGCCUGGAGUGUGGGCAGAGUUUCACUCAGAGUGGAAGUCUACGUUCACAUCAAAGGACUCACACUUGGGAGAAACCCUAUGUAUGCCUGGAGUGUGGAAAGAACUUUGCUCAGAGUGAACAUCUACGUUCACACCAAAGGAUUCAUACUGGGGAGAAACCCUAUAGAUGCCUGGAGUGUGGGCAGAGCUUUACUAAGAGUGGAAAUCUACGUUCACAUCAAAGGACUCACACUGAGGAGAAACCAUAUACAUGCCCGGAGUGUGGAAAGAGCUUCAUUCAUAGUUCAGGUCUACGUAGACAUCGAAGGACUCACACUGGAGUGUGGAAAGAGCUUCACUACGAGUGGAAGUCGACGUUCACUUCAAAGGAUUCACAUUGGGGAGAAAUCCUAUAAACACAUAGUGUGUGGGAAAAGUUCUGAGAGUAGAAAUCUACAUAGACAUAGAAUCCACAUUGGAGAGAACAGUGGUAUUUGACCCCAAAGAGAGUUUCCCAGAUAGAGUUUUCAUAUUGGUGAAACACUUUUUAGACAUGCAUCCUUUUGUGACACAAUAAUUUAGUUUAACUAGCAAACCAGAGGUUAAACAACCUCAUAUAAGAUAUUCAAUAUAAUACUAUAUUAUAUAAUACUAGCUGUACCCAGCCAGGUGUUGCUGUGGCCCAUUUUGGAGAAA